AUGGUGCACACGACAAUGGAAGGUACUUUGUUUGAGCCUACCUUGUAUAUAGUUAAAGGCAUGUGUAUAUUAGACAAUGAUGGCAACAGAAUUUUAGCCAAGUACUAUGACAAAGAUAUACUUACAACUACAAAGGAACAGAAAGCCUUUGAAAAGAACUUAUUCAACAAAACACACAGAGCUAAUGCUGAAAUUAUAAUGCUGGAGGGCUUAACCUGUGUCUACAAGAGUAAUGUGGAUCUAUUCUUCUAUGUAAUGGGCAGUUCUCAUGAAAAUGAGCUGAUACUCCAAUCAGUUCUGAAUGCAUUGUAUGAGUCAGUCAGCAUACUUCUACGUAGGAAUGUUGAAAAACGCAUUCUAAUGGACAACUUGGAUUCUGUAAUGCUAGCUUUUGAUGAAAUCUGUGAUGGAGGGGUGAUACUCGACUCUGACCCCACGUCGAUUGUUGGGCGAGCCGCUCUCCGCACCGAGGACGUACCGCUCGGCGAGCAAACCGUCGCACAGGUCCUGCAAUCGGCUAAGGAGCAGUUGAAGUGGUCAUUGCUGAAA